UUUUAUUCCCCAGAAGAAGGUUGUAGCUCAAAGAGAAUUGACAAGAAUCGAGUUGAUCCAAAAAUUUCUCAGAAGUGGCGAGGACAAAAAGAGAAAAAGAAAAUGCGGUGGGUGGGGAAAGUGACAGUAGUGCUGUUACUUUUUCUAAAUGUUUUUCUGCUGUUUACUCAUGGUGAAAGUGUAUUAAGGCCUAAGGAUUUGCACGGAACGAGAAAUCUCGUGUCACAAGCGGACGAAGACGUAAAAUCCUGUACUAAACAUAGUGACUGCGAUUAUCCUCUUGAAUGUCCAACCGAUGGGGUUACAGCUGGAAAAUGUGUUUUAAAGUCCUGUACUAAACCUAGUGACUGCGAUUAUCCUCUUGAAUGUCCAACCGAUGGGGUUACAGCUGGAAAAUGUGUUUUAAAAUCCUGUACUAAACCUAGUGACUGCGAUUAUCCUCUUGAAUGUCCAACCGAUGGGGUUACAGCUGGAAAAUGUGUUUUAAAAUCCUGUACUAAACCUAGUGACUGCGAUUAUCCUCUUGAAUGUCCAACCGAUGGGGUUACAGCUGGAAAAUGUGUUUUAAAAUCCUGUACUAAACCUAGUGACUGCGAUUAUCCUCUUGAAUGUCCAACCGAUGGGGUUACAGCUGGAAAAUGUGUUUUAAAAUCCUGUACUAAACUUAGUGACUGCGAUUAUCCUCUUGAAUGUCAGACCGAUGGGGUUAUAGCUCGAAAAUGUGUUUUAAAAUCCUGUACUAAACCUAGUGACUGCGAUUAUCCUCUUGAAUGUCCAACCGAUGGGGUUACAUCUGGAAAAUGUAUUUUAAAAUCCUGUAAGAAUCCUAGUGACUGCGAUUAUCCUCUUCAGUGUGGAACCGACGGAGCGACAGCUGGAAAAUGCGUCCUAAAAUCCUGUACAAAGCCUGAAGAUUGCGAGCAUCCAUUGAAGUGUGACAAUUCUAGCGGUAUGCCUGGAAAAUGCGUUCAUCUGUGCACUAAUAAUCCAUGCAUCAACGGAGGCACUUGUGUUAUGGACAAAAAAUCGUUCAAAUGUAUCUGCCCUGAUCCAUUUUCUGGAGAUACUUGUGAGAAAGAUCCGUGCACUGAAAAGCCAUGCAAAAACGGAGGCAGUUGUCAGAUAGACAAAAAUUCUUUUAAAUGUAUGUGUCCUACACCAUUUUCUGGAGAUACUUGUGAGAAAGAUCCGUGCACUGAAAAGCCAUGCAAAAACGGAGGCAGUUGUCAGAUAGACAAAAAUUCUUUUAUAUGUAUGUGUCCUACACCAUUUUCUGGAGAUACUUGUGAGAAAGAUCCGUGCACUGAAAAGCCAUGCAAAAACGGAGGCAGUUGUCAGAUAGACAAAAAUUCUUUUAAAUGUAUGUGUCCUACACCAUUUUCUGGAGAUACUUGUGAGAAAGAUCCGUGCACUGAAAAGCCAUGCAAAAACGGAGGCAGUUGUCAGAUAGACAAAAAUUCUUUUAAAUGUAUGUGUCCUACACCAUUUUCUGGAGAUACUUGUGAGAAAGAUCCGUGCACUGAAAAGCCAUGCAAAAACGGAGGCAGUUGUCAGAUAGACAAAAAUUCUUUUAAAUGUAUGUGUCCUACACCAUUUUCUGGAGAUACUUGUGAGAAAGAUCCGUGCACUGAAAAGCCAUGCAAAAACGGAGGCAGUUGUCAGAUAGACAAAAAUUCUUUUAUAUGUAUGUGUCCUACACCAUUUUCUGGAGAUACUUGUGAGAAAGAUCCGUGCACUGAAAAGCCAUGCAAAAACGGAGGCAGUUGUCAGAUAGACAAAAAUUCUUUUAUAUGUAUGUGUCCUACACCAUUUUCUGGAGAUACUUGUGAGAAAGAUCCGUGCACUGAAAAGCCAUGCAAAAACGGAGGCAGUUGUCAGAUAGACAAAAAUUCUUUUAAAUGUAUGUGUCCUACACCAUUUUCUGGAGAUACUUGUGAGAAAGAUCCGUGCACUGAAAAGCCAUGCAAAAACGGAGGCAGUUGUCAGAUAGACAAAAAUUCUUUUAAAUGUAUGUGCCCGACACCAUUUUCUGGAGAUACUUGUGAGAAAGAUCCGUGCACUGAAAAGCCAUGCAAAAACGGAGGCAGUUGUCAGAUAGACAAAAAUUCUUUUAAAUGUAUGUGCCCGACACCAUUUUCUGGAGAUACUUGUGAGAAAGAUCCGUGCACUGAAAAGCCAUGCAAAAACGGAGGCAGUUGUCAGAUAGACAAAAAUUCUUUUAAAUGUAUGUGUCCUACACCAUUUUCUGGAGAUACUUGUGAGAAAGAUCCGUGCACUGAAAAGCCAUGCAAAAACGGAGGCAGUUGUCAGAUAGACAAAAAUUCUUUUAAAUGUAUGUGCCCGACACCAUUUUCUGGAGAUACUUGUGAGAAAGAUCCGUGCACUGAAAAGCCAUGCAAAAACGGAGGCAGUUGUCAGAUAGACAAAAAUUCUUUUAAAUGUAUGUGCCCGACACCAUUUUCUGGAGAUACUUGUGAGAAAGAUCCGUGCACUGAAAAGCCAUGCAAAAACGGAGGCAGUUGUCAGAUAGACAAAAAUUCUUUUAAAUGUAUGUGUCCUACACCAUUUUCUGGAGAUACUUGUGAGAAAGAUCCGUGCACUGAAAAGCCAUGCAAAAACGGAGGCAGUUGUCAGAUAGACAAAAAUUCUUUUAAAUGUAUGUGCCCGACACCAUUUUCUGGAGAUACUUGUGAGAAAGAUCCGUGCACUGAAAAGCCAUGCAAAAACGGAGGCAGUUGUCAGAUAGACAAAAAUUCUUUUAAAUGUAUGUGCCCGACACCAUUUUCUGGAGAUACUUGUGAGAAAGAUCCGUGCACUGAAAAGCCAUGCAAAAACGGAGGCAGUUGUCAGAUAGACAAAAAUUCUUUUAAAUGUAUGUGUCCUACACCAUUUUCUGGAGAUACUUGUGAGAAAGAUCCGUGCACUGAAAAGCCAUGCAAAAACGGAGGCAGUUGUCAGAUAGACAAAAAUUCUUUUAAAUGUAUGUGCCCGACACCAUUUUCUGGAGAUACUUGUGAGAAAGAUCCGUGCACUGAAAAGCCAUGCAAAAACGGAGGCAGUUGUCAGAUAGACAAAAAUUCUUUUAAAUGUAUGUGUCCUACACCAUUUUCUGGAGAUACUUGUGAGAAAGAUCCGUGCACUGAAAAGCCAUGCAAAAACGGAGGCAGUUGUCAGAUAGACAAAAAUUCUUUUAAAUGUAUGUGUCCUACACCAUUUUCUGGAGAUACUUGUGAGAAAGAUCCGUGCACUGAAAAGCCAUGCAAAAACGGAGGCAGUUGUCAGAUAGACAAAAAUUCUUUUAAAUGUAUGUGUCCUACACCAUUUUCUGGAGAUACUUGUGAGAAAGAUCCGUGCACUGAAAAGCCAUGCAAAAACGGAGGCAGUUGUCAGAUAGACAAAAAUUCUUUUAAAUGUAUGUGUCCUACACCAUUUUCUGGAGAUACUUGUGAGAAAGAUCCGUGCACUGAAAAGCCAUGCAAAAACGGAGGCAGUUGUCAGAUAGACAAAAAUUCUUUUAAAUGUAUGUGCCCGACACCAUUUUCUGGAGAUACUUGUGAGAAAGAUCCGUGCACUGAAAAGCCAUGCAAAAACGGAGGCAGUUGUCAGAUAGACAAAAAUUCUUUUAAAUGUAUGUGCCCGACACCAUUUUCUGGAGAUACUUGUGAGAAAGAUCCGUGCACUGAAAAGCCAUGCAAAAACGGAGGCAGUUGUCAGAUAGACAAAAAUUCUUUUAAAUGUAUGUGUCCUACACCAUUUUCUGGAGAUACUUGUGAGAAAGAUCCGUGCACUGAAAAGCCAUGCAAAAACGGAGGCAGUUGUCAGAUAGACAAAAAUUCUUUUAAAUGUAUGUGUCCUACACCAUUUUCUGGAGAUACUUGUGAGAAAGAUCCGUGCACUGAAAAGCCAUGCAAAAACGGAGGCAGUUGUCAGAUAGACAAAAAUUCUUUUAUAUGUAUGUGUCCUACACCAUUUUCUGGAGAUACUUGUGAGAAAGAUCCGUGCACUGAAAAGCCAUGCAAAAACGGAGGCAGUUGUCAGAUAGACAAAAAUUCUUUUAUAUGUAUGUGUCCUACACCAUUUUCUGGAGAUACUUGUGAGAAAGAUCCGUGCACUGAAAAGCCAUGCAAAAACGGAGGCAGUUGUCAGAUAGACAAAAAUUCUUUUAAAUGUAUGUGUCCUACACCAUUUUCUGGAGAUACUUGUGAGAAAGAUCCGUGCACUGAAAAGCCAUGCAAAAACGGAGGCAGUUGUCAGAUAGACAAAAAUUCUUUUAAAUGUAUGUGCCCGACACCAUUUUCUGGAGAUACUUGUGAGAAAGAUCCGUGCACUGAAAAGCCAUGCAAAAACGGAGGCAGUUGUCAGAUAGACAAAAAUUCUUUUAAAUGUAUGUGCCCGACACCAUUUUCUGGAGAUACUUGUGAGAAAGAUCCGUGCACUGAAAAGCCAUGCAAAAACGGAGGCAGUUGUCAGAUAGACAAAAAUUCUUUUAUAUGUAUGUGUCCUACACCAUUUUCUGGAGAUACUUGUGAGAAAGAUCCGUGCACUGAAAAGCCAUGCAAAAACGGAGGCAGUUGUCAGAUAGACAAAAAUUCUUUUAUAUGUAUGUGUCCUACACCAUUUUCUGGAGAUACUUGUGAGAAAGAUCCGUGCACUGAAAAGCCAUGCAAAAACGGAGGCAGUUGUCAGAUAGACAAAAAUUCUUUUAAAUGUAUGUGUCCUACACCAUUUUCUGGAGAUACUUGUGAGAAAGAUCCGUGCACUGAAAAGCCAUGCAAAAACGGAGGCAGUUGUCAGAUAGACAAAAAUUCUUUUAAAUGUAUGUGCCCGACACCAUUUUCUGGAGAUACUUGUGAGAAAGAUCCGUGCACUGAAAAGCCAUGCAAAAACGGAGGCAGUUGUCAGAUAGACAAAAAUUCUUUUAAAUGUAUGUGCCCGACACCAUUUUCUGGAGAUACUUGUGAGAAAGAUCCGUGCACUGAAAAGCCAUGCAAAAACGGAGGCAGUUGUCAGAUAGACAAAAAUUCUUUUAAAUGUAUGUGUCCUACACCAUUUUCUGGAGAUACUUGUGAGAAAGAUCCGUGCACUGAAAAGCCAUGCAAAAACGGAGGCAGUUGUCAGAUAGACAAAAAUUCUUUUAAAUGUAUGUGCCCGACACCAUUUUCUGGAGAUACUUGUGAGAAAGAUCCGUGCACUGAAAAGCCAUGCAAAAACGGAGGCAGUUGUCAGAUAGACAAAAAUUCUUUUAAAUGUAUGUGUCCUACACCAUUUUCUGGAGAUACUUGUGAGAAAGAUCCGUGCACUGAAAAGCCAUGCAAAAACGGAGGCAGUUGUCAGAUAGACAAAAAUUCUUUUAAAUGUAUGUGCCCGACACCAUUUUCUGGAGAUACUUGUGAGAAAGAUCCGUGCACUGAAAAGCCAUGCAAAAACGGAGGCAGUUGUCAGAUAGACAAAAAUUCUUUUAAAUGUAUGUGCCCGACACCAUUUUCUGGAGAUACUUGUGAGAAAGAUCCGUGCACUGAAAAGCCAUGCAAAAACGGAGGCAGUUGUCAGAUAGACAAAAAUUCUUUUAAAUGUAUGUGUCCUACACCAUUUUCUGGAGAUACUUGUGAGAAAGAUCCGUGCACUGAAAAGCCAUGCAAAAACGGAGGCAGUUGUCAGAUAGACAAAAAUUCUUUUAAAUGUAUGUGCCCGACACCAUUUUCUGGAGAUACUUGUGAGAAAGAUCCGUGCACUGAAAAGCCAUGCAAAAACGGAGGCAGUUGUCAGAUAGACAAAAAUUCUUUUAAAUGUAUGUGUCCUACACCAUUUUCUGGAGAUACUUGUGAGAAAGAUCCGUGCACUGAAAAGCCAUGCAAAAACGGAGGCAGUUGUCAGAUAGACAAAAAUUCUUUUAAAUGUAUGUGUCCUACACCAUUUUCUGGAGAUACUUGUGAGAAAGGUAUAAUUUAG